AUGUUCAAUCGCAACAACUAUCCAUCUGUACCGAAUCCUUUCUCAGGUCGCCCCUCCUCCCGAGGCAAUGCGAGUCCUGGUCAAGGUCCCCCACCUCCACGAAGAGAUGGGUAUGAUACUGGUCAUUCGCCGAUGGGUGGCGCAGGGUAUGAACAAUCGCCGCAUCAGUUUGACCACGAUGUCCAGAUGACUGAUGCGUAUAAUCAAUCAAGGGGUUAUGGAACUCCGCCACCCAGGCCAAGUUACUCGCAGACACCUCCAAGAAACCCAGUAGGGGGCAGGGCGCCCGGUGCGUCAGCCCAGGUAUGGACGCUACGACCUGCGAAGAGCCCUGACAACUCGUAUACGUUUGGGAACCUUGUUGCCGUCUCAACACAGGACUUCCCGCCUUCACGCGACGGACUUGAUCUUUUACUCCUUGUGAACGAUCUCUAUGUCUUUUCUGCUCGUCCUCUCGAUGGUUUCCCUCCUGGACAUAUCAGCAUGUCGGAUCCCCAGCGGACAUGGGCGGGCGUUGCUUUCACAGAUUCAGUCAAGGCUCAGAUAUACGAUCCGUUCAGUCAGGGCGGACAAGCCUAUCUCGGAUCGACAGAUAUUGAAGUCGGCUUUGCUGGGAAAAAGAGGGUCGAGACUCCGUACGACCAAGACGAGUUAGCGAACGCCGUCAUCAAGAACUUUGAAAACCAGAUCUUCUCUCCGGGUCAGAAGAUCUUGAUGGAUCAUAAGAGCAUACCGCUGCUCCUGACUGUCAAGACCGUUCAGCGCGUCGAUCUCACAUCGGAGAAAGCUGGGGCUGCUGCUGGAAGCACUGAGACGGACCCCACAGCGAGAGGAAUCUUGACGAGGCACACCCAGAUUACUUUCUUCAAGGAUGCCCGCACCGGCAUCAACUUGAAGCCAUCGAAUCGUCGCCCCGCAGCAAACUCCAUUAUCACACCCGACUUCAAGUUCGAAGAUAUGGGAAUCGGAGGCCUUGAUGCGGAGUUCAGUACAAUCUUCCGUCGUGCGUUUGCAUCGCGUAUCUUCCCUCCUGGGUUGGUCGAAAAGCUUGGUAUCCAGCACGUGAAGGGUAUUUUGCUUUACGGCCCCCCGGGAACUGGCAAGACAUUGAUCGCACGGCAGAUUGGAAAGAUGUUGAACGCGAGGGAGCCCAAGGUCAUCAACGGUCCAGAAGUGCUCAACAAGUUUGUCGGUCAGUCGGAGGAGAACAUCCGAAAGCUGUUUGCCGACGCAGAAAAAGAAUAUAAGGAAAAGGGCGAGGAGAGUGGACUACAUAUCAUUAUCUUUGACGAGUUGGAUGCUGUGUGUAAGCAACGUGGCAGCGGAGCAGGUGGUGGCACAGGCGUUGGGGACAGUGUGGUCAACCAGCUGCUGUCGAAGCUGGACGGUGUUGAUCAACUGAACAAUAUCCUCCUGAUUGGUAUGACCAACAGAAAGGACAUGAUUGACGAAGCUUUGUUGCGACCGGGUCGUCUCGAAUUGCACAUGGAGAUUUCUCUUCCGGACGAGGAGGGACGGGCUCAGAUUCUGAAGAUUCACACCCAGAAGAUGAGGGAAAACAAUAUCAUGGAUCCAGACGUUGACCUGGCUGAGCUCGCGCUCCUUACUAAGAACUUCUCUGGUGCCGAAAUUGCUGGCCUCGUCAAGUCCGCGUCUUCGUUUGCUUUUACCCGGCAUGUCAAGGUCGGUACCAUGGCCGGCAUCAGUGAGGAUGUCGUAAACAUGAAGGUCAAGAGAGCCGAUUUUUACCAUGCGCUGGAGGAAGUCCAACCUGCUUUUGGUGUGUCAGAGGAACAGCUUUCGAGCCGUAUCCAAUACGGCAUCAUCCAUUAUUCCCCUACAAUUAACGAAAUCCUGAAAGAAGGAGAGCUUUUCGUGAAGCAAGUCAGCAAUGCUCAAUCCUCGCCCCUCUUUUCUGUUCUGUUGCAUGGUCCCACCGCCAGUGGCAAGACUGCUCUGGCCGCUCGAAUUGCAAUUGAUUCCGGUUUCCCCUUCAUCAAGCUGAUUAGCCCUGAAGAUAUGGUAGGCUUUAGUGAAAUGGCCAGGGUUCAGUACAUCAGCAAGAUUUUCGAUGAUGCUUACAAGAGUCGCACGAGUGUCGUCGUCGUUGACAAUAUCGAGAGAAUUAUCGACUGGGUCCCUAUUGGUCCCCGUUUCAGCAACACUAUCCUUCAGACCUUGAUGGUCUUCCUGAGAAAACAGCCUACCAAAGGCCGACGGCUGCUGAUCCUUGCCACCACAACGGAGCGCGCUGUGCUCAAACAGUUGGACAUCUAUAACUCGUUCAACUCGGAUAUCAUGGUACCAAACGUGAUGACCUACGAUGAGCUGCGUCAUCUCAUGGAGCAGUCCGGAGCAUUUGAUGCCUCUGAGAUCGACCAGGCUUUGGCAGAAGUUGGUGGCAUCACCGAAGAUAGAACUAUCGGCGUUGGCGUUAAGAAGGUGCUUUUGGGGAUUGAAACAGCGAAGCAGGAUCCCGACAAGGUGGGCCGGUUUGUCCGCGUCAUCAACAGGGCAAUUGAGGAAGAGCGAACUUUCCAAUAG